UUUUUGCAACAAUUUUUUUUUGAGAUUAAAGCUUCUCCAAAAAGAAAACUUAGUAUGAGAUGAGGUCUAAAAACUCCUAUAUUAAUAUUAAUAAUACUAAGCCUUACUUUGCCAAGCAUAUUAGACCCUUCAUUCUCUUCUUUCUCUCUCUAGCUCUCUUACUCCUCUUAGCUUUCUCCUGUCCCCCAAAACCCCCUACAACUAACUAUAUUUUCUCCACCACAACAAGGCUCGAUCUCGAUCACCACCACCAUCAUCACGAGGCCAAUAUCGUAAUUUCGGACCAGUCUCCGGAGUGGUUCCAAAUAAUCGCCGAGGAACUAAACACCAGUAUUAUUAGUCGUAAUAAUGAGAUCAUCAGAAAGAAUAACAAGAUUAAGCUCGGUUUGGUCAAUUUACAACUCCACGACGAGGGCUUACGUGGACUGCAUGGAUUGGCUGACGUGGUCCCCGUACGGUUCGACACGCUGUCCGGUUCGCACCGGCCGAACUGGGACAAUUUUUACCCCGAGUGGAUCGACGAAAACCAAAAGUGGAGACCACCCAAGUGCCCGGAGAUCCCACUCCCGCCGUCGUCGGAGUCGGCGUACGACGAUUUAGAUGUUGUCGUUGCAUCGCUCCCGUGUGGGGCCACGCGUGACGUGUUCGCGCUUCAGGUGAAUUUGGUGGUGGCCAAUCUAGCGGCCAGGAGUGGCUCUGAUCGGACGGUGUAUGUUGUGUUUGUGGGGUCUUGUGGGCCCAUGUUGGAGAUUUUUCGAUGUGAUGACUUGAUGAGUCAGCAGAGAGGGGAGUUUUGGGUGUAUAAGCCUGAGAUGAGUAAGCUUAGGCAGAAAGUGGCUAUGCCUUUUGGGUCUUGCCAACUUGUUCCUAAUCACCAAACUGGUAAAGAAUUGCCAAGAUCGGCUUUACGAGGACCCAGCUCAGUAAAUAUCGAGCCCGAGCCCCAGCCGAAGCCCAAGCCCAAUCAGAUAAUAAGUCAGCAACCCCGCGGCCCAAGAUACGCCUACGCCACAGUUCUCCAUUCUUCGGAGUCCUACGUCUGUGGCGCCAUAGCCUUGGCCCAAAGCAUUCGCCGGACCAAAUCCACUAGAGACCUCGUCCUCCUCGCCGACAAAUCCAUCAGCCCAAAUUCCCAGCGCGGCCUCCGAUCCGCCGGGUGGCAGAUUGUCCACAUUGACCGAAUCCGAAGUCCAUUCGCCAAAAAAGGCGCCUACAACGAGUGGAACUAUAGCAAGCUCCGGCUAUGGCAACUCGUCCAGUACGACAAGAUCGUUUUCAUCGACGCAGAUUUACUCGUUCUCAACAAUCUCGACUUCCUCUUCUUGUAUCCUCAGCUCUCGGCAGCCGGAAACGACAGGUAUUUGUUCAAUUCUGGGGUGAUGGUGAUUGAGCCAUCCAACUGUUUGUUCAAAGUCCUGACCGAGAAGACAUUCGAAUUGAAGUCGUACAACGGCGGAGACCAAGGGUUUCUGAACGAAGUCUUCACGUGGUGGCAUCGGCUGCCGAGAAGUAUUAAUUACUUGAAGAUUUUUCGAAGGAGCGGUAGCGGAGACUUUUCACACGAGGUGGGAGCGGGUGAGAAAAUUGGAGCGAUUCAUUUUCUGGGUUUGAAGCCAUGGUUGUGUUACAGGGACUAUGAUUGUAACUGGGACAUGCCGGAUCAUCUUAUCUACGCGAGCGACUCGGCUCACCGGCGGUGGUGGGAAGUGUACGACUCCAUGCCGAAGAAUUUACAGUCGUAUUGUGGGUUGACGAAGAAGAUGGACCGUACGAUCAAGAAGUGGAGAGGGAUUGCUAAGAAGAUUGAUUUGCCUAGUGGCCAUUGGAAAAUUCAGCCCAAGGACCCGAGACGACACCGUUUAGUAGAUGGGAAACAAAGUAAAAUGGUUCUAAAACCAUAUAAUAAUAUAGAGUAGUAAUUAAUUAGUAGGUGUGAAAAGUAAAUUAAGAACAAAAUCUCACCUCUCUUUUUGGACAAGAUGAUCACAAAUGUUGAAUGUUUUAUUAUUAACAUUAUGUAAAUUAUUCAAGUAAACAUAAUAUUAGUAUGGAAUUUGAAUGGUAACUACAUUUAUCUUUUUAUGU